AUCAAGAUGCGGCAAUGGCCAUAGCGAUUUCAAUAGCCUUCCCGAGUACAUUCAUCGACUUUGCAUAUGGCACAUCACAUCAAAGUUCUCUGUUAAGUUACCACGUGACGCUUAUAAGGAGUAUUGGCCUGAAUUUCAGAAAGCCAUAUGGGAUACUGACAAUAAGGAUGAGUUUGAUGCAAAAUGGAAUAUUGUGGUUACAAAGGCUGGUUUGACUGACCAUCCAUGGCUAAGUUCAAUGUUUGAUUUAAGGGAAUCUUGGGUUCCAGCCUACGCACGACAAUUUUUUGCAGCUGGAAUGUCAAGCAGCCAAAGAGCGGAAGGUUCUCAUGGUUUUUUCAAGCAAUACAUAUCAAGGAGAAAUUCGUUGAUGGAUUUCAUAAUACGAUUUGAUAGGGCACUUUCUCAUCAACGUGAAAAAGAGUUAGUUGCUGAUCACGUAGAUGCAUUUGAAGUGGCUGAAUGUCUUCUACCGAUGCCAAUGAACAAACAAAUGGCUACCUUGUACACAAGGACAAUAUUUCAAAAGUUUGAGCAAGAACUAAUACAAAGUACAACAUGUUUCCUAGAGCUCAAAACAGAGGAUGCUUGUAAAGUUGUGUUCAACGUGAGCGAAAGGCAAAAUUGGGAAACAAGAGUGGCAGAAGUCGUAUAUGUCAAAGAUUCUGACCACGCAUCGUGUAGCUGCAAAAGAUUUGAAUUUGUUGGAAUUAUUUGCAAGCACAUCCUAGCAUUGUUCAGAAGGGACCAGAUUGAAUAUAUGCCCGAUAAAUAUAUUUUGAAGAGGUGGAAGAAAACUGCGAAAUCUGGAUUGGUGUCAGAUGCAAAUGGCAACGAAAUUAAAGACUGUGCAGAUCCUGGCCUUCUAAUAAAGCGGAGUACAAUGUCUCGACUUGCUUCAGAUGUGGUUGAGGAUGCAUUAAUGAGUGAAGAAGGAUGUGAGCUACUGUCAGAGACUCUAAAAAGUUUGCAGGUGAAGUUGAAGUUGCUGAAGGAUGGACCAA